GUCUGCAGAAAAUAAGGCUCCAGAGUGACCUUAGUGUACGGGCCUUUGCGUACCCCCCUAAAGGGGAGAUGAGAGCCAGAAAGCGACUUCAUACACCUGCAUGCAGGGAUAGAACAGGGGGGAUGGCUUUAAACUGAAAGAGUGCAAGGUUAGAUUAGAUAUCAAUAAGAAAUUGUUCACCGUGAGGGCGCUGAGGCCCUGGCACAGGUUGCCCAGAAAAGCUGUGGCUGCCCCAGCCCGGCAGGGCUCCCGGCCAGGCUGGACGGGGCUUUGAGCAACCCGGUCUAGAGAAAGGUGACCCUGCUCAUGGCAGGGGCGUUGGAAUGAGAUGAUGUUUAAAGUCCCUUCCAACGCAAGCCAUGCAGUGACUAUGAUUUGCCUGCCGUAGCUAUUUAUUUAGCUGCACCAGGUAGCGGCCACCCUCCGCCGCCCCGGCCAGCCCCAAACGAGACUGCCCCGUCCCUCAGCGGGGGCGGCCGGGCCGUAGCCCCGCCCCCGCCCCGCCCCCCGUUGCUUGGUUACCGCGCAGGGCGUCACUGCGGGGCCCGAGCCACGGCGGAGCGCGGCCGACGGCCGGGCUGAACCAUCUUCCUAUCCUGUGGGGGAACAAGUGGGUGUGUCCCGAAGCAGCAGCUGGACUUGUUGCUGUAGCUCCCGCCCUCAAUUUACCGUUUACCCCCUUCUCUCAGCGCUGUCGGUGGUUUCGCCCCGCGCGGACCAUAGCGACGGAGGGCGCGCCGAAGGAAGAUGGCGAUGGUCGCCUCACCGUUGCUGCCGGCUUAGUGAGCGCGGCGCUCGCUCUUCUGUCUGUCCCGUCCUCGCUCCUGCACCCCGCUCCUCCCGGCUGCUCGCAGCCUCUUCUUUCUCGCCGGGGCCGUAGAGAUUAUGUCGGACUCGGAGGAGGAGGAGAGUCCGGACCGCCAGCUCAAGCUGGUGGUGCUGGGGGACGGCACCACUGGCAAGACAUCCUUAGCUACACGUUUUGCUCAAGAAACCUUUGGAAAACAGUACAAACAAACCUUAGGAUUGGACUUCUUCUUGAAAAGGAUAUUAUUGCCAGGAAAUCUGAAUGUUACUCUUCAAGUGUGGGAUGUAGGUGGACAAACAAUAGGAGGCAAAAUGCUGGAUAAAUAUAUUUAUGGAGCUCAGGGCAUUCUUUUGGUUUAUGAUAUUACCAAUGGCCAGAGUUUUGAAAAUUUGGAAGACUGGUAUAAUGUGGUAAAAAAAGUGAAUGAAGGAUCAGAAACACAGCCACUUGUGGCCUUGGUUGGAAAUAAAAUUGACUUGGAACAUAUUCGCACAGUGAAAGCUGACAAGCACCAGCGAUUUUGUCAGGAAAACAACUUCAGUAGCCAUUUUGUGUCAGCCAAGACAGGAGAUUCUGUCUUCCUGUGUUUUCAGAGAAUUGCUGCUGACAUACUCGGCAUCAAAUUAAACAAAGCAGAAUUGGAACAAUCACAGAGAGUGGUGAAGGCAGAUAUUGUCAACUACAGUCAGGAGCCCGUGACAAGAACUGUUAAUCCUUCCAGGAGCUCGAUGUGUGCAGUUCAGUGACCACCCUGCUCUCCUCUGGCUUGGUACCUUUGCAGUGCUCCUGCCUUGAUGCAGGCUCUGGGACACCAGGAACUUUGUUUUGACAGGGACCAGCACAACAAUGCCAUUAGAGGUUUCAGAAACAUGUUGUACCAUUGACCAUCACGAAGCAGCAGGCAGUUUUUUGACUGGCUCAAAUUCAAACAUGAGACCACACACUUGAAAAAUUUCUGUCUAUAUUCUUAAAAAUUAUAUUUAAAUGAAACUGUAUAACUGUGUUUAUGUUUCCUCCACUCUGUUUGACUGAUAUCAGAAUAAAAAUAGAUGAGGAAGCCCUGCAUUCAAAAUGCUUUUAAAGACAUCACCGUGGAAGGGUAUUUUGCCAAAGCAUUUUUAAUUUUUUUCCUCCAUUUAUUUGAACUAACACUCAGCAAAAUGUUACUUGGAAUUUGGAAUAAUUGUUGUUGGAAUAAUUUUAAACAUAUAAUAUAUAUUUUAUCUAGGGAUAAUUUUGAAAGUGUUCAAUUAAUAUAUAUACACUUAGCACAAAAUGUAUAAGUUGUAUCCAGUGAGAAACAGUGCUUUAAAUAAAGCUGUUAUUAUAAAAAUAGUUACUUCU